AUGGGCAAAGGCAAGCCCAAGACUAAAGGAAAGAAAAUCCAGCUUGGUGAUUUCAUCGGCGAUACCGGCAACAAGAUUGCUGUCAAUGGUGAAAUGAUGGAGCUUCCUUCGGCACCGAGAGCUACGACGCUCGAAAUUGAUGUCUCAUUGCUUCCAGCACGUCCUCCAUUUACUGCUUCCGUUGCGAAUUUGGUCUACGAAAUUCAAGAAGAAGAUCUUCAAAAAUUCUUCGACGAUAUCCCCAACAUUACCCGAAUCGAUAUCCCCCGCGAAGAGGAUGACAUCGACGGCGGCCAGAAGGGUCGAUUCAAGGGUGUUGCUUACGUUACUGUUGACGGCAAUCGAGACUCCUGCAUCUCCUCCAUGGCAAAGAUCAUGGCUAAGAACGAUACAAUGCUUGCUGGCCGACGUGCCAAAAUUGAAAUCUACGAUGAAUUCUCUUCGAGAGGUGGCGGUCGAGGUGGAGAUCGUUAUGGCCGAGACGACCGAGACGGUCGAGAUGAUAGAAGAGGUGGACGAGAGCGAGAUCCCGGCUUUGGCCGAUCAGAUGAUGCUGAUGAUUGGCGUCGCCCUGCUGCUCCAUCACGGGACGACCGAGGCGGCUUUGGUGGAGAUAGAUAUGGUUCUCGAGGAGGAUAUGACGAUCGUCGAGGAGGCGACCGAUACGGGGGAGACAGAUACGGUGGAGACAGAUACGGGGGUGACAGAUAUGGCGGUGACAGAGAUAGAGACCGUGGUUAUGGGGACCGUGAUCGCUACGGCGGCGAUAGAUACGGCGACCGAGGUGGCUACGGCGAUCGCGACCGAGGAUAUGGAAGAGAUGAUCGAGACCGCGGUUACGGACGCGACGACAGAGACAGAGGAUUUGGCGGCAGCAGAUACUCAAGCGCAGCAGAUGAAGACAAUCAGUGGAGAAGGGCCGAGCCUGAAAUUCCACGACGCGACCCGAGAGAUGAAGUCCGACGCGACGCUCCUAGAGAGCGGCCGAAACUCCAGCUUUCCAAAAGAACCGUCAAUACCGAAGAAUCCGCUCCAAAAGCUGCUGGUUCUUCUGCUUCCAUAUUCGGUUCUGCCAAACCAAUUGAUACUGCAAAGAAGGAAAGAGAGAUCGAGCAGAAACUAUCAAAGCUAUCAGUUGAUGAUAAACGACCACCAAGGAGUAGCGACAGGAAACCAAGUCUUACGGCCGAGGAAAGGGCGAAGAAAGCUGAAGAGGAUUUGAAAAGACGAGUAGAAAGUGGAGAACUAGCGGCUGGACCUGAAAGCAACCAGAGAGAAGAGCUCGGCGCACAAUCGCGCUUCGCAGCACUGGAAGACGAGUAA